AUUGUGCUGGACCUUUUCAAGCAACUCAGUUGUGGAAUAGCAUUAUUCAUGCUCUUCAAAGCCAGGUGGAAAUCAAAAGGCGUAGGCAGCAUCUGAAAACAUAUAAAAACUGUUUUACUGGUUCAAAUGCUGUUGAUGUAGUACUGAGUCAUCUUAUGCAAAGCAUGUACUUAAGCUGUAAUGAUAUUUCCCGACUGAAGGGAAUCCGUGUGUGCCAAGCACUGAUGGAUCACAAGGUGUUUGAGCCAGUUGGAGCAAAACUUAACUUCUUCAAGAAUGAAAAAGAGCAGGAGUUUGAAGACACGAGUAGUAGUCUCUAUAAAUUUGUGAAUAGCGAUAUCACUCCUCUUCUGAGAAAGAAUAAAGACAAUGAGAGCUUGUCCCCUCAACAAAUUUAUGGGCAGAAGACAAAAAGUCAUUCAAAGAUGAAGUGUGAAACAACCCUCUCAAAUCCCUUAGCCUUAGAAGCAGCUGAUAAAAAGUGGAUAGAGGAGUUACUUCAAUCAAUAAAUAUUUAUCCAACUUUACCUCCAAAGAUCAGGGUUAGUGAACCAACUCAACAACUCUCAAAAAAAGUUAUAGAAGAUAUCUGGAAACAGCAAACUCUGCUACGACUACUGCAAUUAAUUGAUGUUCCAGUUCUAGAAAAUAUUUUGGUGUCUUCAGUGAAGUCAAAACCAGAGUGUUUUGGCAGAGAAGAGGACCUGGUCAUCUCAAAUACUUUCCUUGACAGAGAGGUUAUGGCUAGCCUAAAUUUGCCUGAGCUUGACAAAUGGCUUUAUGCUGCAAUUGAAUGCUUGGAGUAUUUCCCAGACCAGUUCAUAGUGAUGGUUAGUCAGCAGUUACCUGAAAGCAAUAACAAACCAAGCAAUCUGGAUACUUACAAGAAGAUUCUAUUUGAUGUUAUAAUUAAAUAUUAUAGUCAAAAGAAGGACUCCCUUCUUGACAUUCAGGAUCUUGAUAUUCAUGCAGGAAUUAUAGAGCUUCUAGAAAAAGGAAAAACAGAACAAGCUCUAGAGGCAUCACAGCUCUAUUUAAGAUUAUUAGCACCAAAUAUCCGAGAAGAACUUCAUAGACUGCUGACAUUUAUAGCCAUUGCAUCAGAAUCUGAGGGCUACAAAUUGCAGAAACAAUUUGAUAAUAGAUCUGUGAUCAUCAAGACGUGUACAAAGUUCAUUUUACAGAGCAAGACAUUGUCAAAAUCACAGGUAGACCAGCUGGUUCAGUUUCUGAUGGACAAUCACUCUGACCUCUUCAAGACUCCUUUAACUCUUCUGGAACUAACUAGCAGGAGACUUGAAGGCUUGCUGGAAGGACAAGGUGCAGAUAUAAAUUCAGGCUUCACCUUCUGUCAGCGUUUGACACCUAAAGAAUAUGAAGAUCAAAAACAACAAACGAAUCAGUAUCUUCUGGCAUUACUUCAAGAAAUGGACAAUGAUUCCACUAUUCCUUUGAAGCAGAAAAAGAAAAUAAUUAAGGAAGUUCAGAAAUACCAUUUUCUCAACUUCUGUAGUGGUUGUAAAACUGGAUGUAAAUUUUGCACUGUAAAUGGUUAGUCAUU